GUUGAAACCAAAUCUCUAACUUAAAAGUAUUUGCAGCAACUAUAGUCUCUUAGCAAUGUAUCUUUUUUGAAUCAUCGUUCUACUGUAGACUGAAUCCAAUCAUAGAUACAACGGCAUUCAGUGCUCUGGUGUAUUGCUGGAAGCAUACUUCCAUGAUCACCACAGAUAUGAGCGGUGCCAAGCCACGAUUCGAAAACCAUUGUAUGGAAGACCCCAAUUUUCCUUGGUCGGACAGUCUAAAAAUCCUUGCAUACCAAUCCAUGCGUUUUUAUUUUGGCGGGUCUUUAGUAGAGGGAUGGAAAGGAGUGGUCACCUCAAAUCGUCCUAAUUUUCAACUGGAUAGGUCCGACUUCGAUGAUUAAGAAUAGGGUAGGAUCGUUCCUUAAUAGUGACAAAAGAUCAGCUCUUUUUAUGAAUGUAGUUCUUGAAAUCCCUGCUGGCUGUCAACCGUAAGAUCGAAGCUGCUCAUAUGUCCGGCAGUGGCUUUUCCUCUUUUACCGAUGGGCAGGGUUCUCCAGAUCCUCAAUGGCCAAGAUGCUGGCAGAUGCUUGUUUAUUGGCCUACUAAAGCACAGGUACAGUACUUCUGGAAUUCUCUAAUCUUCCUGGGCGAGACCCGCUGUCAAAUAGUCUCUGUAACCACCACUCUCAGCGACAACAUCCGCGUAACAGACAAAAUGGACGCCUUCACACCCGCCCAAACAACCGAACUGAUUUCUCGAAUCGGAGCCAAAUAAGCACGAAUGCGCCUCGACAAGAUGUUCAUCAACUCCUUUCUCGGCGGCGCACUACUUUCUUUCGGAGCAGCCCUCUCACUCUCCACAAACUCCUCACCAUGGUUCCAAACCAACGCUCCAGGACUCAUCCGAACACUUUCAGCAAUGGUGUUUCCUGUCGGUUUGAUCAUGGUCAUGCUCACUGGAGCUGAUCUCUUCACAAGCUAUUGCAUGUACUCUGUCGUUGCGCUGCUGCAUCGAAGAUGUAGCUUUGUGGAUUUGCUGAAAACAUGGGUUGUGAGCUUUUUUGGGAAUUUGGCGGGGGCGUUGUUUUUCAUGGCUGUUCUGACGGGAUACGGAGGCACUUUCGAGGCGAAUCCAUACAAAGCAGAAGCACUCAGUUUCGCUAAAGCAAAAGCUGUUACCCCUCAUUGGCAUCAGAUCUUCUUGAAGGGUAUUCUCUGUAACUGGCUCGUCUGUAUGGCUUGCUUCCUCGCAAUCGCAUCCCGCGAGGUCAUCUCAAAAAUUGUGGCAAUAUGGUUCCCGGUAAUGUGUUUCGUAGGGCUCGGGACUGACCACGUAAUCGCAAACAUGUACUUCAUCCCUCUUGCCCUCUUCCUCGGAGCACCGAAGCCACUCACUAUAGGAUACUAUAUUUGGAAGAGUAUGCUUCCGGCGCUGUUAGGGAAUAUCAUUGGCGGCGGACUAUUUUGUGGUGCUGUGUAUUGGUAUUUGUUCUUGGAGGGCGAAGAAGUGGAGAUUCAUUUUGAUCAGAUAGGUGAGGGGAGGAAGGAAUCAGCUUCUGUGUCCACUGAACACAUUCACGACAAAGCAAAUUCUCACAUGACAAAUGGUCACAACCAAACACACAACCACCACCAUGCUAUUGAUCCCUCAAACUACCCUCUGCCAACUUCAGGCAACAUGGCGGUGACAGGCUUUGCAAAAGACUACAAAUUUCGCGACUUCCGUCGAAAGGGAAGCGACCAGAUGAGCGGGACAACCGCUUAGGGAUGACAUAACAGCCUGAAUUCCGUGUUUGAGAUUUGAGCAUGGCUUUGUGACGAGGUGUUUGGAUAGACGACGUCAUUAUAGUCCGGUUACUAGCGCGGUAUGAUGUGACCGUAGAGGUUUGGGCGACGUUUCUUGUGAGGGGGUGGAAUAUCAGAGCUGUUAUGACUUUUGAUGAGGGGGAGCGGGAUACCAAUGCAAAGAGCUUUUAGGAGGAUAAAGAGCAAAGAGGAAAAAUCCCACUUGCAUCUUUUAAGCUUAAGCGAAGAAAAGAGUAAGUAGAGAUUUGUCCAUCUUAAGUUGAGAAAAGUCAGC